UGCACAGGUAUCCGACACACAAAAAGACGGGUGUUAGGAUUUACACCGACAGGCAAAGUAACACACGAGGUACAGGAAACAACUGGACUGAGCUCAGCUGUCUCAGACAGACUGACUGACUGACAGAUAGACAAACAGAAGGGCACACAGGCACAAAGACCUAUAUCAGAGGAAAGCAGAGAUAGGGACAGACAGACAGCAAGGCAGAGAGAGACAGACAGAUGCACAGAGAGAACCACCACAACGGCUUGGAACUGGGGGACAGAAAGGCGAACGGCUGGACAGAGAGACCGAGCCUACCCAUCGCCACCACAGUCCUGGAGUGCCAACUCGAUCUCACUGCCAUUCAAAUGGAGGUACCCCCAGCCUCCCUGGGGGGCCCCUUGGCCCUGUCCUGCUGCAUGGAGGGGGGUGGCAGGUGCAUCAAGGCCCCCCAGGUUACUGGAGUCAAAGUUCAGCUGGAGAUGGCCAUGCUGUGGCGGCAGUUUGACCAGCUGGGGACGGAGAUGAUCGUCACCAAAGCCGGGAGGAGGAUGUUCCCCACAUUCCAGGUACAGAUUUCGGGAAUGGACCCCAUGGCAGAGUAUGUCCUGCUGAUGGACUUUAUCCCUGUGGAUGACAAACGAUACAGGUACGCCUUCCACAGCUCGUCCUGGCUGGUGGCAGGGCGGGCAGAUGCGGCAGCCCCUGGGAGGGUGCACUUCCACCCCGACUCCCCAGCACGCGGUGCACAGUGGAUGAAGCAGACCGUCUCCUUUGAUCGGCUCAAACUCACCAACAACCUGCUGGACGACAAUGGACAUAUCAUCCUGAACUCCAUGCACCGGUACCAGCCGCGUUUCCACGUGGUGUUUGUGGACCCGCGCCGGGACAGCCAGCGCUACGCCCACCACAACUUCACCACCUUCUUCUUCCCUGAGACCCGCUUCACUGCCGUCACUGCGUACCAGAACCACAGGAUCACCCAGCUGAAGAUUGCCAGUAACCCCUUCGCGAAAGGCUUCCGGACACCAGGCCCAGAUGACUGGGCGUGCGGCGGCAGGUCUCUCCCUCUUGCCGUCCCUGUCUGUCGGCCCCGCGCGGGGAAACGCGAGCUCAGCGACGCCGAGGAACAGCAGCAGCAGAAAAGGCAGCUUUCAAACCUGUCCCUCCAGGCUAUGACAGAGGCUGCUUCCUCCACCUUGCCACUCCCACUUCCCCCUUUAUACAAGGAGACUGGACCCACCUGCCUCACAUACCCCCCUACGAGCUGCACAUAUUGAGUUGGCCCGCCCUUGUAGUGAUAGGACGGGCUGCACCAUUCAGUGGAGUCACAGGGGGAAGUGCAAUGAUGGAUUUUCUUCCAGUCCUCAAUUUCCUCCCCUGUUAAGCCCAUGUAAGAGGUGAAGAAAGUCCGAAGAAGAAAGCUUGGCUGAGGCUACAAGACGUCUUCCCUCCUGGCUCUCCCUUUUUCAUAUUCUUUAUGCAUCCUUCUG